ACCAAAGCUUCAGAUUUGACGGCAAUACAGCAUUGCUCAGUUGCACAAAAAUUUGAUGCUAGUUGAUCGACAUGACUGCUUCCAUCCUGAUCUUAAUUUAAAGAAGCGUCAAUUUUAAUAUAAGAUUUAUACUGUGUCCAUAUAAGAAACGCAAUUGAAUUUUACCAAUGUUGAUACUGAAAUAGCUGAGUAAUUUCCAGUCUAGUUGAGAAAAUUAAGGGAUUGUAGAAACCCAGGAUAGUUUAUAAAAAAAAAGUAUUAAACAAUAAUUAAAAAAUAAUUUGCAAAGAAAUAAUAAAUAAUUUUGGUAUAUAACUUUACGUAACUAAUUUUACACAUAAGUUUUAAACACAUGCAAAGUAGAAUUUAAGUUAUGCGAAAAAAUGAGUUUCAAAGCAACUAAAGAAAUUAUAGAAGAUGGAGAUAUUGUUAUUUUAUAUUUAAAUCCAAACAAUAUGUAUUCUCUGGAAGUAAAAGCGAAAAUUUGUAAUAAAAGAGGCCAAAUCAUAGACAAUGUGUUCAAUACCACUUAUGGUGCAUUGAAAGUUAUCUCUCUCAUCGGGCAAAAGUAUGGUUCAAAAGUAGAGUUAACUCGAGGCUGGGCAUAUGUGUUACAGCCAACACCAGAGCUCUGGACGCUCAUGUUGCCUCACAGAACUCAAAUUAUUUAUAGUCCAGACAUAAGUCUUAUUAUACACUUAAUGGAACUUAGACCAGGAAGUAUAGUUGUCGAAACAGGUACUGGUAGUGGCUCUUUAUCUCACUCAUUAAUACGAGCGAUACGUCCAAGUGGUCAUUUGUACACCUUUGAUUUUCAUGAACAGCGCAUAUCUAUUGCUAGUGCAGAAUUUAGAAAACAUGGUUUGAGUGACUUUGUAACUUUGAAGAAAAACGACGUUUGUUUAGAAGGAUUUGGAGAAGAGUUGAACCACAAAGUUGAUUCAGUAUUUCUGGAUCUUCCACAUCCAUGGUUAGCUAUAGAUCAUGCCAUUGUUGUUUUAAAGAAAACAGGUAAAAAUUUUUUAGGACAAACGUUUUUAAUAAUGCUUUGUUAAAAUUACUAACAAUAUAAAAAGAUACAGAGAUAACUAAAAAAUUCUUUAGCAUAUUUGGAGAAACUAUCUUGAAAUCUAAGAAGUUUAUUUUAAAAUCUGCAUAAAAAUAAGUAAUUGAAAAUAACAUUAACUCUAGAACAGUAUACCUAUAUUUUUUUACUUCAAAUGUUUUACUAGGUUAAAAAUGUACCCCAUUUGUUCCCAAACGUACUGCAUUAAAUAGAUGAACUGAAAUCAAUAUUGUGCUACAUGAAUUUCAUCUUUUUAUGACAAAGACGAUGGUGUAAUCCCCAAUAGUAUUAAUUAUCAUUUAAUACAUGAAACAUUAACUUAAACAAAAUAAGGUUUGAAAAAAUUGCAAAAAUGACUUUUUUAAAAUUUGUUGUAUUUUUGACAAUUUUAAACGAAUUUAAAAAAACCGAACACUUUUAAAAAGGUAAAAAGAUAGAUCUAGAACCGGGAUAAAAUGGAUUUUAGGUAUCGUUUAAAAAGUAUAAUUAUUUUGACAAAUAAAAGUUGGAAAAAGCGGUAGUAAAAAAAAAUGAAUAGAUACAAUAAAUUUUUUUAUUUUGCUAUAAAACUAAUAAAAAUGUUUUUUUUUUUAAAUAUCGAAUAUAUUAUUAAAGUAAAAAAAAUUAUUAAAAUAUUUUCAUGACUUCAAGCGACACUCACCAAGUCGCCACACUGUAUUGUUUUGUGAUUUUCAUACACAGAAAUGUUGUACCAAUCUUUCUACAGGGAGUACCCAUCUGAACGAAAUGUAAACAUAUAAGGUUUAAGCGAAGAUUUUUUGUAAAAGUAAUUGUAAUAUCGGCAUCGGCUGAUAGAUCUCGCGACGUCGGUAUCGGUUAUAGAUCUCGCGGCAUUAGCCACAGAUCUUACGGCUUCUUUAAUCGAUGACAAUAUAAAGACGCGAAGCCACCUCAAACAAUCGCGGUCGACAACAAUUUGCCUUUUGAAGAAAUACAAAUACGAAAAAAA